ACACUCUUGCUCAGUUUAUGCAGAAACCCAAACUCGCUCAUUGGGAAGCAGCUCUAAGGGUGGUACGUUAUUUAAAAGGAAAUCCAGGACAGGGCAUUCUACUUCGAGCACAUACUGAUCUUACCGUAGAAGCCUGGUGUGAUUCUUAUUGGUCUGGUUGCCCCACUUCUAGAAGGUCGCUUACUGGUUGGUUCAUUACGUUGGGAGGCUCACCUAUUUCAUGGAAGACACAGAAACAAGAUUUUGUUUCUCGUUCGAGUUGUGAAGCUGAAUAUCGCGCAAUGUCAUAUACCGUUCAAGAGCUCAUGGGGCUUCAUAACUUGCUUCAAUCUUUCGGCAUCAAGUAAAUAUUCCUAUUGUACGAUUAUGUAAAGAUACUCUAGAACUAGGUUUACCAGUAUGUAUAUAUACCUUGGGUCAUUGACCUUAUGAAUACAAUAAACUCUUUCAUACUUCUCUAGGUUUCUUGACUGAUUUUUUCCAAAAUAUAAAAUUGACAUGUACAAACGUUCUAAGACCAACUAUUAAACGAUGAUAUUUAAAUUGUCAACAAACUUCAUUGACAAAUGACAACUAAAACAAAACAAAAUGUUUGCUUUGUUUAUGUUUUCGCUGUGCAUCAUGCGAAACAAAACUUGGAUCUGCAAAAUCUUGGAUAGCCUUUACUUAUAAAUAUAUCACCAUCAUAGUAAUACAUCGUGUCAAACAUUUACCACGAUAAAGUCGUCAAAAAAUUUAAAGCUUACGGAGCCUCUUACGUCAUACAUGGCUGAUGGAGAAGGGACACGAUCAUUGUAACACUAACAACACCCAUCAAAGAUUCGGUUCAACACUUGCAAACUCGCACACUUCAUGCCUCUCAGAUAUGUUUGUACAUACUUUAUAACCAAAAAACCAAUAUGAUAAUAAAAUAAUUAUCUUGCCGGACUAUAAAGGUUCAAGAACAUGGACCGACUUUAUGUAGGACCAUAUAUUAUAUACAUUUAUCGUUUUGUUUAUAAUUAGCUAUUUUGAGUUUUAGCCUAAGGUGUAGUGUUGCCUUCAUCACGUUUUCUGUUUUCUGUUUGAGUUUUUUUUUUCAAGUAAACGAAGAUUAAAUCUGCUUGUCACGUUAUAAACCAUAUUAAAGCUAAACAUUUAGUAUCAGUUCCCCACGAACUACAUGUAUUCAUCGUUGACUGCAUUAUAUAUACAUAUUUGAAGAACACUUACUCUAUAUCAAAAAUUGUUGUACAUUUUGCAUAUAUGCUUCUAAAUUUGAUACCAAGCACAGUACAAUAUAUUCGAUUACACAUAUAUGAGUAAGAAAAGUAUUAUUAAACGGUAUAUAUAAGCUCAAUUAAUUUAAUUUAUCAUGUUAUUGAAAUUACUUUCUUAACUGACAAUAUACGAAAUUAAUGUGUGAUGAUUGUCAUUAGGAAAGUUCUUUUAAAUUUUAAUUGCUUCACUUUUAUUGGAAAAUCAACAACCAAAAACUGUAUUCGCGUUCACCUAUUAAAAAUACCUUCUUUAUCUAUAUAUUUAAUGUUAAUUUUGUCUUAACUUUUAACUAAUGAAACUUUUAACUAAUGAAACUUUUAAUUUUGUCUAUAUAUCUUUCUUUGUUCUUGCACACAAAGAAAUAAAACUACUCAACUGCCAGCAACAAAUAAUAUUUAUCGUUAAGCAAUAAAAUAAACAAUAAUUAGACUAAAGGGCCAAAUUGUGCUAAACCUACAAGUUUCAUGACCUCUACCUCCCUUACUAUAUAGUUGUCACAUUUGAAAGAAUUAUUUGGGCAAACAAAAGUCUAAAUCCCAUUUUUAGCUUCUCAUAUAUUUCAUUCCUGCAAGAUCUAACCACUCUUCAUCAAGCUUUUCUCUAAGAAAGUUCAAAUGGAAAACUCAGCACUGAGCAACUGCGUGAGGCGUACAAUAUUCUCUACUCAACAGAGAACAAUGCAAGAGGGUCUAGAAGAGAGUAGUUGGACGAUUUACUUUGAAACCGAAAAUCGUACAUGCCAUUAUGAUAAUUCUUCCAUGAUCUCAGACGCUGCGUCCCCUAUGGCCUAUGUCGAAGAAGACACGGCUUCAUCUCCUUCUAAAAGAACCAAGGGUUACAGUGAAAUGGAAGACAAUACCACAGAAGGAAAAAACACGAACAAUACUAAAACCGUGGAGAAGGGAUUGAAUAAGAAAGGGAUAAUAAAUGAAGAUUAUUGCGCAGAACUGAAGAAGCGAGGACUUUGCUUAGUUCCUUUGUCCAUGUUGUCCAACUAUAUUGGUUGAUACUUUGAUUGUUUUUUCAGUCAUAAUCUUUUAAUUUUUAUUGUGAAUUAUUUUUGUCUGUAAAAUCUAUAGAAUGGACUAGUAAAUGUAGUGAAAGUCGAAUCAAUGCUGGAUGAUGUACUUUAUGUAUAAAUGCACUAGCAAGAGUGUAAGAUUUGUAAACAUUUCCAAACAUGUGUAACAAAAAAGUUAACUUGUUUCCGUGUGUGUCGCUUGGAACAAUCAGGUACGUACAUAUAAAUGGUUUUUAGACAUUAUACUUACCAACUCUGAAAAAACUAUUAUAAAAAUUAAUUAUGUAUUCCAGUUUACAAUCAAUCAUACAUUCCAUAAUUUAAAAAAUUCUUCAAAUUGAAUAAGAUAAGAAACUAUUUCUUAUAUAUCUUGAAAAAAAAAAAUAUACGUAAUUAAACCUCAGAGAAUAGAAAGAAAA